AAUUAUAAUUAAGGUUUGAGGUUAUGACAGGCAGCAUAAAAAUGGAAUUUCUAUCCUUCCCUGAAGUUCAGGGUCUUGGCUCAUUUUCAUGGCCAAGGUGGGCGCCUGCUCCAAUCCACCAGUGCUGCUAUGAUCAGAGCGCAAACCCUUUAACAAAACCAAAUCAUUAAGUCAUGAUCACAUUGCUGGCUUGGGGGCCUGCUAUGCUCAAAUCGCCUGCCACAUUGCCUGCAUUAUAUCUACAACCUACAUUUCCAAAGUGUUUCAUUGGCUGAAAAAUAUAAUGGGAUAUCCUGAACUCGUGACAGGUGCUAUCAAAAUGCAAACCUUUUUCUUAAAAAAUUCCCAAGUUGUGGGGAUCAAUAACAAUUUGUUAGCCCAUCCCUGCUGGCCCUGGUUUGUCAAUGGCAGAGAGAUCCCGAGGAUUUACAAGGUGAGCUAUUCAGCUCAGAAUCCCAGUUCCUGAUCCGCUUUUGCACGGUCGAUCAGUGGUAACCCCCUGGUAUUGAUGGUUAAGGAUUUGUGGUGGUAAUGCUGUUGAAUAGUAAGAUUAAAUGGGCAGCCUUUUCUUUUCUGAGGCAUUCCAUCCCUGGAAGUGAUGAGGGAUUUUCCUUCAGCUUCUACCUCAGUAGUUUUACCUCAAAUCUUUUUUUAGGAACACGGGGCCACUUUACCGAAGCGAUUAUUGAGUUGAUGGCAAUGGCUCCUUCAACUGCAGGUUGCGCCAUUGCUGACCCAACCAAUCCGACCCAUUGAAGAAGGUGUUGCAACAGGUUGGUUAAUGGAUCAGUGAGGAGGAUAGUCAACAGAAGUAAGAGCUGGAUCCAACAAAGAGCCUGGUGGUGAAGGAGUUAAUGCCGAGAUGCAGCGAGAGUGACAGCCUGGUGUCCUGUUCCUGUGUGUUUGUGGCCGUGUUUCAGUUCAGCUCAGAAGUGCAGAAAUGGGCCUCCGAGAUUGAUUCCACCGACGUCAAAGCCAGCUGCCUCAGCAAGCAUUGUGUUCAAGGUACUCUAGGGAAGACCAUACAACCCAACAACAACAAAAAAACCCCCGAUAUGUUGCAUUUUUUAAAAGGUAGCAGUGGAUAACUCGUGCUCCUGUCUUCGCUGCUCAUCAUGGGUUGCUGCAUUUCCAGAGAAAUUCUUACAAAUACUUGCGAAUAUCCUUCAAAAGCCAAUGGUGUAUCCCAGGUUCCGAACAAUGGAGUUGCUCAGGAGAAGAGAGAGUUUGCACCACCUGUUGAAGACCAAGGAGUCUGCAAGCAAGACAGGACAGAUUUCUGCUGGGACCCCAUUGUACAGAAUUGUUUUGGAAGCACCAAUGUAAUCUUUACUGGCUCGAAGCAGACUCUGAAUGGCUAUGACAUCACUGCACUUGCAAGGUCAUCACUAGUUGGUCUGGUUCAGACAGUCAAAGAUCACAUCACAAAGCCAACAGCAAUGGCACGUGGCCGGGUGGCUCACCUAAUAGAAUGGAAGGGUUGGGGUGCCCAUGGCAGAGGCUCUAACACAUGUUCGAUGGAUGACGUCCACUAUUCCAAUCUCACCGAUGAGCUGAAGGAAGCUCGUUUUGCAGCAGGUGUUGCUGAGCAGUUUGCCAUUACUGAGGCAACACUGAGUGCCUGGUCCUCACUGGAUGCGGAAGAGGUGAUUUGUGGCAGUAGUCCAAGCAACACGGUUGACUACCUCAAUACAGAUGAAGUGUAUCUUGAAGAUCAGCUUUCAAGUGGAUCUCAAGGCUUUUAUUACUCUUUGAAUGUUGAAGGGUCCUGCACUGUCAUAACUCCUGUAUCUUCAUAUGUAGCCAGCUUGGCUGGUGAACCAUUGCAAACAGACAUGGCUCCCACCCCUUCUUCCCACAGCGGAACGUUGACGGAAACCUUACCGACUCACAACCUUCCGAACUGCUCGUCUCUCCCAGCAACCACUUCCUGUGGAGCAGAAUUACAAAGAACACUGCAAAGUCCCUUACAUCAAUCACACUCCAGCAACAGCAGCUCGCUCAUGGAAGAUGAUGUGUUUUAUAAUUAGACAGAAAAUUAGGAUGGGAAACUGUAUACACUUGGACAAGGGAAUUUACCACUUCCUUUGUUAAAAGCUGAAACAAAAACUGAAUUGUUACUGAUUUGUUCCAUUCUGUGUGUCUUUGUGGGUGCACGCUCAUUGAGGUUUGGGAUGCCUGAAAAAAUGGGAACCUCUAGUUGUCCCAGAGAUCAGCAGGACAGGACUGGGGCUGAAAUUAGCUGUGUUCCUCCCUUUCCCUCACAAUCCAAUGACUGUCAGUGGAUGUUGGGGUAUUGAGCUUCACUGUUAAACAGGCCAGUGACACACAAGCCUUGAAAGUCAAUGGGGAGAGUUCAACUGGUCUGUCACCAUAGCUCCUACAAUGACAAUUGGUCAAGCUGGCAGGGCUGUAUUGUUCAUGUCUAGGCUUGACCAUAGGAAUGAUCAGUUUGGCAAGAUAAUCGUAGCAAGAGCCAACAUCUCUGGGAAAAUGGAAAAGAAGAUUAGAAGGAAACAGAUAUGUCUUGGCUAGUACAGCUCAUUGACUUAAUCUAACUAAGUCAUACCGGAAUACGCUGUACAGAGCUACUCCAUUUAGAAUGACAAGGAUCAACAUUAAAAUGCUCUUCUGCUAUAUUCUGAAUACUGUAAUUGUGUCUAACUUUGGCACAAUCCUCUCAUUGAGCAUGAAAGAUAAAUGUUACAUCCUUAUUGAUUCUUUAAUUUAUUUAGAUGAUUUUAAGGUGGUGCUGUGGCACAUCAAUAGCAUCCCUGCCUAUAAAGUCAAAGCUCUGGGUUCAAGUCCCACUCCAGAUUACAAUGGUCAAAGAUGUUGCAUUCAUGAUACUGCCAAACAGGUGGAGUAUUAAUUUGUAAAUCCUCCCAAUGUAUACAUGAAUAGGAAGGGGUGAGAGCAGGAGAGAUUUCUAGUUAGCCCUGUAAUGGGAGCCUCUACCACUGUUACCCAUAGCUGCAGCUACUUUGACUCUUGGGGAGUGGGCAGUGGAUCCAAUUGGUACCAAAAGCACAUGGUUUGAUCCCUGUUCUAGCUGGGGUUGAUUUGGGAUCUGCAACCUUGCCUUAUGUGUGGUGGAGGGCACAGUGGAUUAGACCUGCUUUUGGACAGGGCACUUGAGAAGAUCUUUUCCUGAGAAUCAGUUUGAUGCUUCAGUUAUCAGUCACCCCUUACUCCAAUGAGCACAACAUCACACGGAAGUUCACAGGGAUAUGUGGUAAAUAUCUGAUGAGUGGCUGUGAUUUACUCUUAUGUCUUUGUUGUGAAUUGUAUUUAGAACUCAACUGCACUUGAGAAAAAAACAAUUAAACACCAUUUA